AAAGUAUUCUGCCAAAUGUAGAAAUCAUUGCCAAUAUUACCGAAUCUUCACCUGAAUCCCCAGAGAUAGAAAAAAGGAAAACGUAAUAUUUUCCAUAUCGAUUUUUUAUGUGUUUAUCUUUAUACCGUUUUAGGGUAGAGAACAAUGAUUUUCCAAAUGAAGAGGAAAUUUUUAGUGCUACCGAACCAUCACUGGCGCCUAUUGUAAAAGGGAAUAAAAGGAAUUCAACCUCAGCCGUGUCUAUCGAUGGGCUACGAGUAGUAGACCUACAAAAAUUCAUCGAGUCUUUGAAAACCUUAUCUACUCAUUCCACAUUAUUUGGGUGCAGUUUAGUGAAUUUGCAAGUAGUAAAAGAACUAAAAGUGGGUUACCAAACCAAACUUACUUUUAAAUGCGAUAUGUGUGGUUUUUCUAAAUCUAUAUAUACCUGUCCAGAAAGUCCACAAAGCGUAGACGUGAAUACGUCAGCAGUUACCGCAGUCAUGAACGUAGGAGGCGGUUACACACAACUCGUAAAUAUUACUGGUGCAAUGAACAUUCCGAGUUUAAGUUUUUCUUUAUACAAGAAGAUUCAUAGUGAAAUAUGCACUGCAUGGGAAGACCUUGCUUGGAAAUCCAUGAAAGAGGCUGCAGAAGAAGAAAAAAUGAUAGCUUUACAAUGUGGCAGCGUAGACGUAAAUGGAACGCCAAUGAUUACUGUAGUUGGCGACGGAAGCUGGGCCAAGCGUUCAUACAGAGGGACAGGAAAUUAUAAUUCCCUUUCUGGAACUGCUGCAAUAGUAGGGUUAAAAUCAAAAAAGAUUCUGUAUUUAGGUGUUAAGAACAAGUACUGCUGUGUAUGCCAAAGGGCUAAAAAUAUCGGCACUGAAGCUGCCGCGCACACGUGCUAUAAAAACUGGAACCUUUCUUCAACGGCAAUGGAAGCGAACAUUAUAGCUGAAGGUUUUUGUGCAAGCCUUGAAAUGUAUGGGCUUAUUUAUAAUAAACUUAUAGCUGAUGGUGACAGUAGCUGUUACAAAAAACUACUAGAUAGUAGACCGUAUGAAACCUGUACAGUGGAGAAAAUUGAAUGUAGCAAUCAUUUACUCAGAAAUUAUUGCAAUAAACUGAAGGAACUUUCCAAGAUGAGGGGUAUUCCUGGAUCACUAAAAAAUAUUUUGUCAAACAACAUUUUACGCUGCAGAACGGCGGUGGUGAAGGCAAUUAAGUAUAGAAGGAGUGAAGCCAAUACAAGCUUAGAAGAUAAUAUCAAAAACCUGAGAAAGGACAUCAUCAAUAGCGUAAGCCAUAUAUUUGGAGAACAUUUGAAUUGUUCGGAAUUACGCUAUUUUUGUGAAAAAACGGAACCUGACCAAAAUAAUUACAUGUCUGAUUUUCGAACAUUAAACCUCGAUGAAAAGCUAAUGGACGCAGUAAGGUAUUUGGCAGGACACUCUAGAAGCUUACUCGAAAACGUUACGACAAAUGUAGUAGAACAGUUUAAUUCAAUUAUUGCACAAAAACUUGGCGGAAAACGUGUGAACUAUACCCAGCGAAGAUGUUACCAAGGCCGAUGUUACUCUGCAGUUGUUUCAAAAAACUGUAAACAACCGUUAUACAACGUGCAUAAACACUUAACUGGCGGGUAUAGCCCCGGAAAGACUGUACAAGAAAUGGAAAUGCGUAAAUUAAGAAGGCAAAAUGUUCACAAGCAAAGCAGAGCCAGAAAAAAAUUAAUAUUUUCUUCUGCCUCCACAGACGCUGACUAUGGAGAUAAUUGCCAGAAGCCAGAUGUUGAUCAAGAGACGUUUGAGGAAAUGAAAAGCGAGUUUAUAAGAGCACUUCAUAAAUCAACAGCUGAAUAUGAAGAAAUUGAAAAGAAAACGCGUCUACAAGCCGAUUCAUCUGAAUGGAAGCACUAUCGAAGAAAAUUAUUAACAUCCUCCAUAUUUGGAAAAAUUUGCAAAAUGCGAAAAUCAACAAGUUGUUCAUCAACUGUAAAAGGCACUUUGUAUACAGAAUUUUUUUCGAAGGCAACGACCUGGGGAAAAAAUAAUGAAGACCGAGCAAAACGAGAAUUAGAAUCAAAAUUUGGUUUGCAAAUUUCCAGCUGUGGCCUUUUUAUAAAUGAAGAUUGGCCAUUUCUUGGUGCUUCUCCAGAUGGAAUUGAAGUGAAUUCAGGAUGUCUGGUAGAAAUUAAAUGUCCGUACUCAGCCAGAAACAAUACUAUUAAAGAAGCAGUUGCAAAUAAACUGAUAACAUAUUUGGACAUAGAAGGUGAUACCUAUAAUUUAAAGACCAGUCAUAAUUAUUACUACCAAGUCCAGGGGCAAUUGAAUAUAUCAGACAAAGAACAAUGUUAUUUUGCGGUAUGGACUCCAAAGGAAAUUGUCUGUAUAAAAAUUCCAAUUGAUAGAACUUUUUUUAUAAAUUCAAUGCUACCAAAAUUACAUAAAUUUUAUUUUAAUUGUCUCUUGCCUGAAAUUAUAGACCCUAGACAUACAAGAGGAUUAGAAAUAAGAAACCCGGAGUAUAUAACCAAUGCACAAAGUGAUAAAGUAAACACCUAAAAACACUAUACAGCGUGUUUCAAAAUGAAUAGAGGGGUUUCAACAUGUUAUA